AUGCUUCUUGUGCAAAAAAAUCCUAGGCCUUGCCCUAAAAUAAUAAAUGAAGCAACCAGACUUUUUUCUGGUUUAGCGAAUUUUGACUAUGAGCCUAGCUAUGAUGAUCAUAUAUAUUUCCAAUAUUUGUCUAAUAAUAAAAAUGAUAUCUCUCUUCUAGGCACCUAUUAUUCUAAAGAGAUUAAUUCAAAAUAUAUUAUUCAGGUAGCAGAGAAAGGUUUUAUUGUAGUUGAUCAUCCAUCUGAAGUUUAUGGGUUUUCUGAUACUUACGAUGAGAAUCUGUUUCUUCGCCUAGUUUUAGAUAUUAUUGACAUAAGCGAGGCCAUUGAAUAUUAUAAUAAGAUGAUUUUGUAUUUAGAGCAACAAGAGGAUAAAUUCAAUAUGAAAAAAGAAGAAAUAAGAUGCAUUAAAAAACUUAAGAAGGAGGCAUUAAAAUAA